UCCCUAUCAAUCGAUCAGAGAGAGGAAGAUGGCGUUGGAUGGAGUGAGCGGGGUAUGAUCGAUCACCGAAAAACUCGAUUGGGUUCGUUUUUCCCAACUGAGCCAAAAACUCCGUAAGACCGCUUGGACCAGCAGUUUCAAGCCCGAUUGAAGACGAGAUAACAAGGAGAGCUUGUCCUUCAGGACGAUGGAGUUCCCGUGGCACAGUGGGAAAGUUCUGGAGCAGCUUAACCGGCAGCGCAAGCAGGGCCUGCUGUGUGACUGCACCUUUGUCGUGGACGGUGUGGACUUCAAGGCCCACAAGGCGGUGCUGGCUGCCUGCAGCGUGUACUUCCGCACCCUCUUCCUGGAGCAGAAGGAUGUGGUACAUCUGGACAUUAGCAAUGCAGCAGGCUUGGGUCAGGUCCUGGAUUUUAUGUACACUGCAAAGCUGACUUUAAAUCUGCAGAAUGUAGAAGACGUGCUGUCGGUAGCUCACUUUUUACAGAUGCAAGAAAUCGUGAAUGCGUGUUCUGCGUACCAGUCGUUGUCAAAUCCGGCCCCGUCUGUCAUAACACUGGAUUUUGCUGUUGAUGAAAAAACAGGUGAAGGAGAGCAGAAAGAGGAAACUGACAGUCAGCUGUCAGAUUUGGCAUCACAAGCCGAGGAGUGCCCUCGUAGCAUUCCCACAGAGGAUAAAGAGACCAUUCAUAGUCAGGACAUUUUAGAGGAAGAGCUUUCUGCCGAAACACAGAAGCCUGUUUCUCAGCCGAAACCCACUAGAACCCACACAGGCCGCGGACGACCACCAAAAACGUCCCACCUUCUGACUCAAAAGAAGACGUCUAUCAAGAACAAGGAAGAAAGUGGUGCAUUAGACGCACCCGCCUUCCAGGAUGACACCGCUGAUGCCGACUACACACUGAAAUCACCGUUAAAAUCUGCUGGCAGUUCGCCUUAUAUGAGCUCCCGCGGGAGGAGAAUCAGAAAACCACCUCGACGAAACUUCCCACCUGGUGAGCGGUCUGUCCUGAAGGAACUUAUGCAAUGCCCCUUUCGUUUAAGCUCCCCACUGGACAAACUCUGUGCAGAGGCAGGAAAAGCGAAGUCAUUUAAAAACACCUCUAGAUUCAGUGAUGAUAAUGAUGAUAACGAGGAUGGAGAGGAGGAUGACGAGAUAAGUCAGCAAAUGGAAGGAGACAGCCCAAGCAGCGAGAGAGAUGGAAGACAAGCUCAGUCAGCGUGCAUGAGCAGCCGAUCUGAAUCAAAGCCUUACAGCUCCGUGACACACAAAUGUGAGGACUGCGGGAAGAAAUUCACCCACACGGGCAAUUUCAAGAGGCACAUGCGUAUUCACACUGGAGAGAAGCCCUUCAGCUGCCGGGACUGCAACAAGGCUUUCUCUGACCCCGCAGCUUGUAAAGCCCAUGAGAAAACACACAGCCCCCUGAAGCCGUACUGCUGCUCUACUUGCGGAAAGAGCUACCGUCAGAUCAGUCUGCUCAACCUGCAUCGCAAACGUCACACAGGGGAAGCGCGGUACAGCUGUGAAGUUUGUGGCAAGCUUUUCACCACUUCGGGCAAUCUGAAGCGCCACCAGCUGGUGCACAGCGGCGAGAAGCCAUACCACUGCGACUACUGCGAGAAGGCUUUCUCUGACCCCACGGCCAAGAUGCGACAUCUGGAGACGCACGACACAGAGAAGGGCAACAAGUGUCCACACUGCGACAAACGCUUCAACCAGGUUGGGAAUCUAAAAGCUCAUUUGAAAAUCCACAUCACAGACGGGCCUCUCAAGUGCAAAGAAUGUGGCAAGCAGUUUACCACUUCAGGGAAUCUGAAGAGGCACCUGCGGGUUCACAGCGGGGAGAAACCGUACGUCUGCGGGCACUGCCAGAGAGCUUUCAGUGAUCCCGGAGCUCUGCAGCGGCAUGAGCGCAUCCAUACAGGAGAGAAGCCCUGUGUCUGUAUUAUCUGUGGUAAAGCUUUCACUCAGGCCAGCUCCCUCAUCGCUCAUGUCCGCCAGCACACGGGAGAGAAGCCCUACGUCUGCGAUCGCUGUGGUAAAAGGUUUGUGCAGUCUAGUCAACUGGCCAAUCACAUUCGCCAUCACGACAACGUCCGCCCGCACAAGUGUCAGAUGUGUAACAAGGCAUUUGUUAAUGUGGGAGACCUGUCGAAGCACAUCAUCAUUCACACAGGAGAGAAGCCGUUCCUGUGCGAUAAAUGUGGUCGGGGGUUCAAUCGCGUGGACAAUCUGCGCUCUCACGUCAAGACUGUGCACCAGGGCAAGGCCGGCAUGAAGCGGCUGGUGGUGUCAGAGGGAAGCGCAGACGAGGGGGGUGAUGGAGGAGCGGGGCCAUGCACCUCUGACAGCGAGAUCAACAUUGUCACCGUCACCACGGAGGACAUCGUCACACUGGCGACAGAGGCCCUGGCGGCCAGUUCUGUAGCUCAGCUGACAGUAGUUCCAGUUGCUGCUUCGGUUUCUGCAGAUGAGACUGAAGCUCUGAAAGCUGAAAUCACCAAGGCCGUGGAGAAAGUGCAAGAAGCAGAUCCCAACACGCAGAUUUUGUACGCUUGCGAUUCGUGUGGCGAUAAAUUCUUGGAUGCCAGCUCCUUAGCUCAGCACGUACGCAUCCACACAGCUCAAGCCCUGGUCAUGUUUCAGGCCGAUUCCGACUUCUACCAGUACACCGCAGCCACCACUGCCGAGGGGGAUUCCACUGCAACAUGGCAACCCACACCCGAACAGGUCAUCCACGAAGGAGAGCUAAUCUUCCGUGCUCAGGUUGGAGAGGGAGAAACAGAGGACGGGAUGAUUGGAGAGGCGCAAGAACAAGAAGAAUCAGAACAGGAAGUUCAGGAGAAGGUGGAGGAUGGACAGGUGGAGACCACCACUGAGAUCAAAACAUGAAAAAGAUGUAGAGGAGGACAAGGAGCAGGAGAUGGAGUGUGAGAGUCAGUCGUAGUGGGGCAGAUUUGUUAAAAGUGUGUGUCAUUUUGCUUGUAAAUGAAAUGAGAUUUAUACUGUAUAAGGAGAAGUAAGAAAUGAAGUGUGUUUAUGAGUUUUGUUAAAUAUGAACUGGAUUCAUAACAGACACUGUUCCUGAAAAAAAUUCUUUCCAGAUUUGUGAUCAGUAGUCAUGUUCUGUUUUCAGCAAACAAGGUGAGAUCUAGUAGUUUUUGUAAACGUUGAGAGGUGGUUAUGCUACUUUGUGUAGUUUAUUUUUAGACUUCAGUGUAGGACUGUGCUUUGUCCAUUAUAUAAAACAUUUUAAAGUCUGUCUUACCCAGUAUAAUUUAAAGAAAAGAAUUCUAUGUGAUAUUUUUCCCAUUUUUAUGAUGAAAUAAUAAUAUAAUCAUUUUCUUUAAACAUCCAAAAUAUUUUUCUUGUACUUAAAGUAUUUUCAUGCAGAGAAUGUUAUUCAAAGGCUACCUACAUGAACAUAUAUGAGUACUAAACUAAAGUAAAGGACACUUGAUGCCUUUUUACAGAAGCAAGGUGUUGUAAAUCUUGUGUUUGGAUAAUAUUUGUAUAUUUGUCAUGUUACCUCUGAAAAGAUUAGAAUUGUGUACAGUGACGACAAACUGACAAAUGUCAGAAGACAUUUUUCUGUCACUAUUGAUUUGUGUCAUUAAUUUGUCUGCAGAAUGCUCGGGUAAAACCCCUAAUACUACUUUUACUGGAAGAUGCCAUCAACUCAAUAAAGAAUUGCCACUGCU